UUAUCGUUGGUGAAUUGGCGUGGCAUUUGGCAAAACUGCGAAGAAGAGCAGAAGAAAUACCGGAGAAAAGAGAGUUGUUGAGCAGAAGAGUGUUGUGUUGUGCAUUCGCGGAAGAAGAAGGAGCAGAUGGGUAAUCCACGGAAACCGAGUACCGCCGACGAGCUUCACACGGCGGCAAGGUCCGGUGAUCUCAUCGCCGUUAACUCAAUUUUGGCUUCAAAUCCUUUGGCCGUUAAUUCCAGAGAUAAGCAUUCCAGAACACCUCUGCAUUUAGCUGCAUUUUCUGGGCAAGCAGAGGUAGUCACUUAUCUCUGCAAGCAGAAGGCUGAUGUUGGUGCUUCUGCAAUGGAUGACAUGGCUGCAAUACACUUUGCUUCACAGAAGGGACAUUUAGAAGUUGUCCGCGCUCUACUUUCAGCUGGGGCCUCUCUCAAAGCCACCACCCGCAAAGGCAUGACUUCAUUACACUAUGCUGUUCAAGGUUCCCAUAUGGAACUCGUCAAGUACUUGGCCAAGAAAGGGGCAAACCUUGGUGCCAAGACAAAGGCAGGAAAGACCCCUUUGGAUCUUGCUACCAAUGAAGAAAUCCGCUCCUUUCUGGAGGAAUAUGAGAAGUCAGCAAAGAAUGGAGAAUUGGGAAAGAAAGACAAAGAUAAAGCUGAAGAAUCUGAUCCAAAGACAUCCACAUUGGGAUCUGAAGGUGAUUUGAGUUCUGAACCUGCUGCAGCUGCUAUUGAUGAAGAAGACAAUGUGGGAGAGAAGAGGAAGAAGGGUAAUGAAGAUGGCACAAGAGAAGAAGAGUCAUCACAACCAAAAAAGGCUAGAGUUAACUUAAGUCAUCUCCAAAGUUCCGACGAUACCCAAGAAGAAGAAAACCUGUAGUUUGGUAUUUUCAUAGUAGAACUAAAAUUUUGUUAUUGUAAUGUAGUAUGUAAUUGUAUCUGAUUUGGAAUCCCUUUGUUGGGUUAGUUGGCUGGACUAUCUGUUGACUGUUAAGUAACGACCGAUUCUGGAUUAAUACAAUUUUCUCUUGACAAUUUCUGCUGUA